CCCAAUCCACCUCUCUGCUUUCUCUCUCUCUUUCUCGUGCAGCUCACGCAGCAGCCACGUACAUCUCUCUCUCUCACACCUCUUGUGCCAAGCACGCGGCACCACCGGCCACCGGAGGAGGAGGAGAAGGAGCUUCGGCGGGUGGCUGGCCGGAGGAGGAUGCCACGGCGAGCAGGGGCCACCCGUUGUUGAUGCGACGUUCCCAAUGGCGUCGCGCAGCGCCGCGCUCUGCUUCUCCGCCGCGGCCACUGGCGGCGGCGGCGGCAGGGGCAGGAGCCGGAGGCGCUUCUUGGUCGUCUGCUGCAACGGCGGCCGGAGAUCCGACCUGCUCUCUUCCUCCCUGGCGGCCAAGGUGCUGGGCGCGCCGACGACCUUCGACGCGGCGAAGCUGACGGUGCAGCACGCCGCCGGUCCCGCAGCGUUCCCGAGGGCCUACACCCUGAGCCACUGCGACUUCACGGCGAACCUGACACUGGCAGUGUCGGAGACCAUCACGAGCGAGCAGCUCCGGCAAUGGGGGUGGCGGCGCGACGACGUGUUCGCCGAGUGGAAGGAGAUGACCUGCACCGGCGGGCCGGGCGGCGGGGAGAUGACGCUGCACCUGCACUGCCACGUGAGCGGGCCCAACCCGCUGCAGGAGCUCGCCGCCGGCUUCCGCUACUACGUCUUCUCCAAGGAGCUGCCGCUGGUGCUCAAGGCGGUGGUGCACGGCGACGCCGCCCUCUUCGCCGCCCGGCCCGAGCUCCUGGACGCCCGCGUCUGGGUGCACUUCCACUCCUCCUCCCGCAAGUACAACCGCAUCGAGUGCUGGGGCGCCCUCCGCGAGGCCACCAAGAGGAGUCUGCUGGAUGGGGAGCUCAUCGACGAGCUCCAGAGCGAGAUCACCAAGCGACGAAGAACAUGGAACAUAUUCAACGCCCUCGUCUCGUUUCUGCUAUGAUCGGAUCGGAUCUCCGAUCCGGUAAUCCGGUCCGGGUAUAUAUGUGCAUGUACAUUGAGAAAGAUUUGAGAGAUAGAGUAAGCAAUGUGUUGCAUUGCUCGUGAGAAAGAGAGAAAGAAAGAAUUAUGCUUUCAUUUCAUUCUUUUGCUCUGUCUGGUCAUUCUUUGCCUUGUUGGCAAGAGAGGAGGAACUCUAGACACCAUUCUUCAGUUCUUGACAUGUACAUUACUGGCACUGCCAACCAAAUUGGUGCAUUCGUUCACCUUGUUAUAAGCAAGCAUUUGACCCCCUUGUUUAUCGAA